GACAUUUCAGAUUCUAAGAUGGGACCUGAUGUAGCAGAGUCAGCUGUAUUUAUAACAAAUAAUGCUAAAUAUAUCAAGAUAUCUGAGGAAGGGUUGGACCGAUGUACUGAGGAUAUAUCCCAGCAGGUUCUCUCCGGUCAGCUGGACCUCAAGUCCAUGUUUGUCAAGACAGAGGUCCACCCCCAGGAGGCCGACGAGGCCGGAUUGGACUGGGUUGUGUUCGCGGACACCUUAAACUUCUCCUUCUGGCAGCCGGAGACUGGACCUCAGUAUCUUGUUACAUACAAUGGAACGACCUACACUGGAUACUUAGCUAUGUGUGCAGCUAUCAAUAGAGCUUUAGAUGCUGGUUCUAAGCUAACAUCACCAGAAUUCUACCAGAGUAUAGAUGAGAAAACCCUCGGAGAUUUACUCGUCGGAGACGACGGAGUACCAAUCCCUCUUCUCCAGGAUAGGGUUCGAUGCCUCCAAGAGGUUGGACAUGUUCUCAUGGAUAAAUAUUCCGGUAGGUUCAGCAACUUAAUGAAGGAAUCCGACAACUCCGCCGUCCGCCUGCUGGACCUGGUCCUGGAGAACUUCAAGUGUUUCAGGGACUGGGUGGAGUUCAAGGGGAGAGAGGUUUCGUUUAACAAGAGAGCGCAGAUACUAGUCGCAGAUAUCUGGUGUCUUUACGAAGGUUGUGGUGUUGGUAGUUUUCCUGAUAUUGAUCGAUUGACAAUGUUCGCGGAUUAUCGAGUUCCUCAAUCUCUUCAACAAUAUGGAGUACUCAGGUAUGAUGCUGAACUCCUGGAUUUCUUGAAAAAGGAUGAGAUUCUUCAAUACGGAGAUAUACGGGAAAUAGAAAUCAGAGGCUGUUCAAUUCAUGCUGUAGAGUUGCUAACCCAGAGAAUUAAACAAAUAUUAGAGAAGGAGAAUAAUAAUUCAGUGGUCAACAGUAUUCUAGGACAGCAGGAAGCUAUAGAAGUGGAUGUAGAACUAUUUAACGAAUACAAGUUUUCUGUUGAUCAGCUUAUGGAAUUAGCUGGGCUUGCUUGUGCUCAUGCUAUCGCUAAAUCUUAUCCAGGUGGUGGAAAUGUUUUGGUGUGCUGUGGUCCAGGAAACAAUGGUGGUGAUGGAUUAGUUGCUGCCCGGCACCUUCAGCUUCUUGGAUAUAGUCCUAGUAUUUUCUAUCCGAAGAGAACAGAUAAGGAUCUUUACAAGAACCUUGUGAAUCAAUGUCAGAUGAUGGAUAUUAGCUUCCUGGAGACACUUCCCGAACAGUCGGUUUUAGAUACGGAGUAUUCCGUCCUGGUGGAUGCUUUGUUCGGGUUCAGUUUCCAUCCCCCGGUUCGGGAGAGCUUUCUCCCUCUUCUCGUCUCCUUGAGUCAGUCAAGGACACCCCUGGCUUCCAUAGAUAUUCCUUCAGGUUGGAGUGUUGAGGAUGGACCACCUUCUGACGGAUCUACUCCAUGUUUGAAGUCUGAUCUUCUCAUAUCUCUCACUGCUCCCAAAAAAUGUGCGAAAUUUUUUACCGGAUCCAAACAUUAUCUAGGUGGAAGGUUUGUACCUAGAAGACUGUCCGCUAAGUAUGGUUUAGACCUACCGGAGUAUCCAGGAUUAGAAACCUGUGUUAAACUCUAAGUAUGAGAUUGUAAUUUGUGUUCAACUCCAAGCAUGGAUUGAAUAUAUCAGAGUAUCCAGGGAUUGAAACCUGACCUGUGUUCAACUCUGAAUAUGAUUUGGACUUACCAGAGUAUCCAGGGAAGAAACCUGUGUUAAACUCUAAGUAUGGUUGGAAUCUACCGAAGUUUCCAGGGGUUGGAAACCUGUGUUAAACUCAAGUAUGGUUUGGACCUAUCGGAGUAUCCAGGGUUAGAAAACCUGUUUUCAAGUAUGGUUUGAAUCAACCAGAGUAUCCAGGGUUAGAAAACCUAUGUUCAGCUCAAGAUUCUAUCCGGAGCAAGAUCAAUUUUAGAAUUUGUAGAAACCGAAUCUAAUUUCCUUUAUUCUUUUUGUUUGUAGCUAAGAUUAAAGCAAGGUGUUGAGAAUAUACAAGUUUAACAGAAUAAAAGAAACCUGCAUCACG